AUGAUGAUGAUGAUGACCCGUGUGAUGUGUGUGUUGGCCGUUGUGCUGUGCUGCGCCUGCGGGUAUACCAUGACGGCUGCUGCUUCGACUCCUGGACAGCCAAAGGCGGAGAUGGCUUAUGAUUGGGGAUGGGAAGGUUUUCUUGCAGGCACAAGCUACAAGUAUAAAGAGUGUAUGAAGAACAGCUCUCUUACGUUUGACGGAAAAAAUUGUACGGCGUUGGGAUUUAUUAACAAGACUGCUGCUUCUGGUUCUGCUGCGUCUGCCAAGUCACCUGCUAAUGGAAAUCAGGAGGCGCGUCUUGUUGUUGUUUUCGGACCAAUUACGCAAAAGAUUUACGACAAGCACUGUGGGAAUAAUUCUGCUGUCACUAUUAAUGGAAAAACUUGUUCG